AUGAGUAACCUCAAAAGCUCAACCAGAUUCCAACUUCUUGAGAUCAACUUAGUCUCAGCCUAUGAUCUCAAACCACCAAGAACCAUGUUCACUUCCAGAAAAGAUCACCAUCAGAUUUACGCCGUAGUUUGGAUUGACCCGAAACAGAAGCUCAAGUCUCGGGUACUCGACGCCGCGAGGUUCGAAAACGCGAGGUCGAACGACAAGUUCGUGUUCGUCGUCGACGCCAAAACACUCGACAGUUGGAGUGCUGCUCAGCUCGUGGUCGAGUUCUACUGUGUUGGAAGAUUCGGGAACGACAGGUUGAUCGGGACUUCAAGAGUUUUGCUUGGAAGUUUUGGCAAUUGUGGCCGACGCUUUUGUGAAACGACGACGGGGACAUUUAGGGGAUUUCAUAUUCGACGUCCGAAUGGAGAUGCUAAAGGGAUUUUGCACAUUGGAAUAACGAUCUUGGAUGGACUUGCUUGUGAUGCGAUCAGUGAUCAGUUUGUGGGGAUAGGAUCGCCCAUUGAUUGUCAGAAGUUGACCGGAGUCGGAGCCGCGGCCAACAAGAUGGAUAACAAGGGUGCUGCAGCUUUCAUCAGAAGGCUUUUUUCGUUGCACGGUUGA